GUCUGACCGGGUUUGUGAGACAUUAAGGCUGUCUGUCUUGAGCUUCACUGGCAGUGUGGGCCUUCGUACCAGGGCUACAGGGGUGCGGCUCUGUUACUUUCGAGUGGGUUGGGCCGUGGGUAUGAGCACUUGUGUGCGCGGGGGGGCCAGGUCGUGGGUGCCCCCACCCUUCCCCCAUCCUCCCCCCUCCCCCACUCCACCCGCGUCGGUCCCCCACCCGCGCUAGUACGUGCGCCUCCGCCGGCAGCUCCUGACUCAUCGGGGGCUCCGGGUCACAUGCGCCCGCUCGGCCCUAUAGGCGCCUCCUCCGCCCGCCGCCCGGGAGCCGCAGCCGCCGCCGCCGCUGCUGCCACUCCCGCUCUCUCCGCGCCGCCGUCGCCGUCGCCACCGCCACCGCCACUACCACUGGCUGAGUCUGCAGUCCAGAGGAGAUCCCAGCCAUCAUGUCCAUAGAGAAGAUCUGGGCCCGGGAGAUCCUGGACUCCCGCGGGAACCCCACAGUGGAGGUGGAUCUCUAUACUGCCAAAGGUCUUUUCAGGGCUGCAGUGCCCAGUGGAGCCUCUACCGGCAUCUAUGAGGCCCUGGAGCUGAGAGAUGGAGACAAACAGCGUUACUUAGGCAAAGGUGUCCUGAAGGCAGUGGACCACAUCAACUCCACCAUCGCGCCAGCCCUCAUCAGCUCAGGUCUCUCUGUGGUGGAGCAAGAGAAACUGGACAACCUGAUGCUGGAGUUGGAUGGGACUGAGAACAAAUCCAAGUUUGGGGCCAAUGCCAUCCUGGGUGUGUCUCUGGCCGUGUGUAAGGCAGGGGCAGCUGAGCGGGAACUGCCCCUGUAUCGCCACAUUGCUCAGCUGGCCGGGAACUCAGACCUCAUCCUGCCUGUGCCGGCCUUCAACGUGAUCAAUGGUGGCUCUCAUGCUGGAAACAAGCUGGCCAUGCAGGAGUUCAUGAUCCUCCCAGUGGGAGCUGAGAGCUUUCGGGAUGCCAUGCGACUGGGUGCAGAGGUCUAUCAUACACUCAAGGGAGUCAUCAAGGACAAAUAUGGCAAGGAUGCCACUAAUGUGGGGGAUGAAGGUGGCUUUGCCCCCAAUAUCCUCGAGAACAGUGAAGCCUUGGAGCUGGUGAAGGAAGCCAUCGACAAGGCUGGCUAUACGGAAAAGAUCGUCAUUGGCAUGGAUGUUGCUGCCUCCGAGUUCCAUCGUGAUGGCAAAUACGACUUGGACUUCAAGUCUCCCGCUGAUCCUUCCCGAUACAUCACUGGGGACCAGCUGGGGACACUCUACCAGGACUUUGUCAGGGACUAUCCUGUGGUCUCCAUUGAGGACCCGUUUGACCAGGAUGACUGGGCUGCCUGGUCCAAGUUCACGGCCAAUGUAGGGAUCCAGAUUGUGGGUGAUGACCUGACAGUGACCAACCCAAAGCGUAUUGAGCGGGCAGUGGAAGAAAAGGCCUGCAACUGUCUGCUGCUCAAGGUCAACCAGAUCGGCUCGGUCACUGAAGCCAUCCAAGCGUGCAAGCUGGCCCAGGAGAAUGGCUGGGGUGUCAUGGUGAGUCAUCGCUCAGGAGAGACGGAGGACACAUUCAUUGCUGACCUGGUGGUGGGGCUGUGCACAGGCCAGAUCAAGACUGGUGCCCCGUGCCGUUCUGAACGUCUGGCUAAGUACAACCAGCUCAUGAGAAUUGAGGAGGAGCUGGGGGAUGAAGCUCGAUUUGCCGGACAUAACUUCCGUAAUCCCAGUGUGCUGUGAUUCCUUUGCUUGCCUGGAGACGUGGAACCUCUGUCUCAUCCUCCUGGAACCUUGCUGUCCUGAUCUGUGAUAGUUCACCCUGUGAGAUCCCCUGAGUCCCAGGGUUUCCAGAACUUCCCUGGUUGACCUGCUCCGGCUGCUCCUUGGCUUACCUGGCCUCUUGCUGCCUCUGCUCACCCUCCUUUCUGAGCCCUAGUCACUGGGGUUCUGCACUUUCCACUUCUUCCUUCCUCUUUCUCUCUUCCCUCAAAAACUAGAAAUGUGAAUGACGGUUAUUAUAAAAGGGGGUCUGUGGAAGAAUGAUCAGCGUCUGUGAUGGGAGUGUCAGGGUUGGUGUGCUGAGGUGUUAGAGAGGGACCAUGUGUCACUUGUGCUUUGCUCUUGUCCCAUGUGUUUUCCACUUUGCAUAUGAGCCAUGAACUGUGCAUAGUGCUGGGGUGGAGGGGAGUGCUGGGCGUGUGAUCAUGCCUGGCUAAUAAGGCUUUAGUGUAUUUAUUUAUUUAUUUAUUUAUUUAUUUAUUUUAUUUGCUUUUCAUUCAUCCCAUUAAUCAUUUCCCCAUAACUCAAUGGCCUAAAACUGGCCUGACUUGAGGGAACGAUGUGUCUGUAUUUCAUGUGGCUGUAGAUCCCAAGAUGACUGGGGUAGGAGGUCUUGCUAGAAUGGGAAGGGUCAUAGAAAGGGCCUUGACAUCAGUUCCUUUGUGUGUACUCACUGAAGCCUGCGUGGGUCCAGAGCGGAGGCUGUGUGCCUGGGGGAGUUUUCCUCUCUACAUCUCUCCCCAACCCUAGGUUCCCUGUUCUUCCUCCAGCUGCACCAGACCAACCUCUCACUCCCCAUGCCACGUUCCACGGUUGCCAGCACCUCUGUGGCACUGAAAUGAGCACCACCAUUAAAGUCUGAAUCAGUGUA